GAGUUUCAUGCGGUCCACCAGCUGCCAGUCAGACAGCAGUGGGUUUUUAGAGGAGCCCAUCAUCCCCCCCCUCAGUCAGCAGGCGGCACCGGGACAAGAUCUCCUCAAGGCUCUGUCAGGCCUGCUGGGAGGAAGCACCGACAGCCAGAGCAGUGAGAAUCCAGACUCCACCUCUCCAACUUCCCCUCAUACCGCUUCAUCUCUGCCACUCUCGUCAUCUCCAACCUCUUCUGGUGCGGACAAGUCUCUCCUUUCACCAGAGCCUUCGUUAGUUUCCCCCCAUUCCCCAUCUCCCGUUUUAUCGCGUCUCCUGGAAUCCAACCUGCAGACUUUACAGACCCCACAUGGUCAGGAUCAGUCUUCCUCUGCUUCGCUGCCUGCCUCUUUAACUCCAGAUUCAGAGGAGAUUACAACUGAAGACCAGGAUGCUCCACGCCCCCACCUCUCUGGUCCACCCCAUGACUCUGAGAGCACAGCAUGCCUGAGUGACCCUCCUCCUCCUCCUCCUCCUCCUCCUGCCUCAUCUCCCUCUCCAAAUUUGGUUUGUUUGUUUUCUGGGAACAGAGAGUCAAAACAGGCUGAGUUGGCUUCACAUGGGAAUUCCCUCUCUGAGUCCUCACCGUCCUCGCAUCCCUUUUCAACUCUUGAUCGUAGUUGUCCAGCCUCUCCUGAAUUUCAACCGGAAGUAAAGUCCCUUUCCUCAGAUGAAAUAAGCCUCUCUUAUCCACUGAAGGAAGAGGAAGAAACUCCCCCCUCUUUCUUCUCUCAGCCAGACACCAUCAAUCCCUCAGCUCCUGUCCUGGACUCCUCUGAGUUUGAGGAGGCUAGUCCCACACCGCCCUCUCCUAAACCUUCCAGUCCAGUUUAUCCAUUCUCAUCACAAUGCCAGGAUGGUGAGGUAGAUCGAGCUGUUGAAAGAAUUCCAGGCCUUUCAGAGCACUCCCAACAGGACGUAGCAAGUCAUGAUGAUAACUCACACCCAGCCCCUCCUGUCCAAGAUGUCUCCCAGAGGAAUCACCUCCCGUUAGGCUUUGAGGAUACCCAUCGGACGGGGGGGGAGGGAGGGGAGGAGGGCGCUGACACUGUGCAGACUCCAGAGGUUUACGUCCCAGACAGCUCUGCAGGCCUGUCAGCAAGUUCAAGAUUAGUCUGUGAGGAAGUAUGUAACCAAACAGAAAUAGAUCCGCAGCUCCAGUCCUGUAGUUUGCAAGAGGAGCUUUCAGCUGGAACCAAACCGGAAGAGAGUCAAAGGGGAUCAGACAGAGAAUCGCUCACUUCAGUUUUACCUGAUGAUGUGCCAGGAGCGCACAGCAGAACUGAAGUGGAACCAAAGGGUCUGAUAAAGAUCGAGAGCUUGGAUCUGGUGUUUCAAACCUCAGUGGACGGCUCUGGAAGUGAAAGUGAAGAUAUAGAGGCGUUUCUUGAGCGGCUUGAUAAUGAAGGGCGGGUCUAUUGGGCGGAACCGAUCCAGGUUUCCAAUCCGACUCCUGAAGCAGGCAGCUUUGAAGCCCCUGACGAAUCACCUGGGAAUACAAAUGCAGCUUUUAUCGAUUCUUCUUCAUCCACAAGCAGAGACAUGACUUCAUCUGUGACCUCCUCAACAACAAUGGACACGAACCGGACGUCAACAAAUGCAACUUCCUCCUCAGAUUCACCCUCCUCUUUGACGCGACCAUUAGCAUCCCCCGUCGCGUCUUCAAACCUGAAACCGUCAAGUCGCUCCGUCUCCGUCCAGAUGACCUCAUCUCCUUCCUCUCAUAUUGUCCACAGGACGGAUGUUCCCUUCACGACUCACUCCAAACGCUCCCUUCUCCCUAGUGUCCUCCCUUUGGACACCUCCAGUCCUUUCCGCGCUGUCCAAUCAUGGACAGACCUGCACAUCCAACGACACACCCUCACCCAGAAGUUAUCACACGGGGGGCUUCAUUCUGCCCCGUAUGAAGUGACCGUAUCCACUGGAAUGAUCCCAAACCCUACACCGAACUUCUCCUCGUCUCCAUAUUUGCCUAAAGAAUGGGAGUCACAUGACUAUCUCCCUGGGAUGGCUAGAAAUCCUAUGUCGGUGUCUGUGGAUAAAGGGCUGUGGACCGAUGAGGAGGAGGAGGUGGACAGGAAUGGAGGGGAAUAUGAGGACAAGCUUUGGGAGGGUCCUCACACUGAGACCAUCGCAUGCUGCUCAUCCUGCGACCAGCAGUGUACGUGCAGGCACGGAGAGCGACGGGGGAAUAUUCCU